UCAUCGCGUCUGCUGAGAGAAGGAGGGAAGUGGGGAAGGAGAGCAGCAGUGUGGCACUCAGCUUCAGUCAGUGUGGAGUACUAGAGGAGGAGGGAGAUGAUCAGCCAUCUCUCUGCUGACCUGCCAUCACACACUGAUAAUUUCUGCUUCGUUACCUCUGUUUCCUGUUACAACUCUUCAGCAACAUGAGCUCCUCAUCUGCCAACCUUCACAACAAACUUCUGCCCUCGGAGACAGAGCGUGGCCAGAGGCCUCCAGAUGUAGACUCUGCACAGCAGCUUAAGAUGAGAGAGAGGCAGCGCUUCUUUGAAGAGGUCUUCCAGCAUGAUGUGGACGUCUACCUGUCUUCAUCACACCUUUGUAUCAGAGACUAUAAGAGACCUCCAAUUGGCAGCAUCUCCUCCAUGGAGGUGAAUGUGGAUUUGCUGGACCAGAUGGAGCUGAUUGACGUCUCUGACCAGGAUGCCUUGGAUGUCUUCUUCAGCUCUGGGGGAGAAGAGGGGGCGCUGACCUCCCCACUACCCCAUGUCCAAGGAAACAACAACAACGAGGAGGUCAUCAAUAAUGGACUCUUUCGACAUGUCCCUGAGGGCCAUGAUGCCAAGCCUCGCUUGUCCUCCACUUCCUCAAACUCAUCCUACGACAGUCAGACCACCAGCGCCAAUGGAGGAAACACUCCUGUGGACAGAUCUGACGACGAGGAAACACACACCAGCACACUUAAACGAAAAGACAAGGUGAAGAGUCAGACUCCAUCAUCAUCCUCAUAGGAUGCACCACAGAUCACCUGACUCCUCUGCCUGAGGGACAGAGUUGACUUUUGGAUGUGAUCUCAUGUCUUCUACACUCUGGCUCUUCUCACUGCUUUCAACAUUUUCUUAGGUUCAUGACUUGUAGUCUGGGUUCUGAGUGUGUUUUGGAGGUGGGAGCCAUGAACUGUAAAUACUGUGAUUUUCCAGACAACUCUUAUACUUUUUCAUUCUUAUGUCAGCAUGUUUGGACUUACUCCUCUGUUUCUGACCUAUGAUGGACAAUGGAAUUUGUACAGUAUUAACAUGGCCCAGGACAGCAAAACAAAGACUGAAAUAGAACGAAAAAUGAUUGGACAAAGUUUGACUGAUGAUAAAACAAUAAUUGAAGCCUGGUAAUUUUAAUGUACCAUUUUUGAAAGCAGCCACAGCUCCUCUCUGUUUUAAACUCCUACUCCAAAUCUAUCAGAAGGCUGCUUUGUCUUUACAUAGAGUCAGAGAAAAACAACAACUGUGUGUAUCUAGGAACCAACAAAAAAGUGUUUAUUGGUUAUGUUGAGCCUUGUCGUUCUCAGCCAUGUCCUAAUGCCUGAGGGGAAACCUGAGGACACUACAGCCUGAACCUGCAGGACGACAUCAUAAAACGUUUACUGUCAAAGUCAAGUUUGUCGAAUGUGAAGAAAAUGUAGGUUGAAUAACCAAACAAAGUCAGAAGAUGUUUUCUACUGAUUGUUGUUCAGCUGAUCUUGCUCUUUGUUGGCCAAUUACUGUAAAGUUGCAUUUCAAAAAGAGUGGUUACUGCCUGUUUGUUCAGUUCUCUGGAACGCUUUGUGAGCAGGUGACGUGUGUAUGAUUGACUGUUGCGUGGACACACUCACACACUGACACACACACACAUACACACACACACACACUGACACACACACACACUGUAAUUUACAUACAUGUGUGGGUGUGUAAAACAGAGGGAAGGGUCUUGUCCUCAUUUACUCAAAAGUCAGAGAAUCAAGUCGUGAAUCAGUGUAAGCUGGAUGAACUGAACUAGCAUCAUGCCCUGCUUCUUCCUCCUGGUACGUAACAUCUCUGCCUUUAAAUUUUUUUAAAUUUUUUUUUUGUAAUCAGUUAUUUUCUAUAUUUCAAUUUCUGAUUUAAUUCCAUGGAACAUGUCGUUAUUAUAGUUUAGAAAUGAAAUCUGACACAAGAAAACUUUAAAUGAUGUAAUGUGAUUACAACUUUUUAUAAAUAUCAAAUAAAAGUG